CUUCUUCAGCCGGCGCGCGGCCUGCGCUGGGGAGCCAGGCACAGUGGCGCGGGCCGAGGGCGGUGGGCGGCGAGCGGCGAUGGGCCGCGCCCGGGGCUUGUUGGUCGGACUCCUGAGUGUCCUAUGGCUGCUGCGCUUGGGCCACGGCGAGGAGCGGCAGCCGGAGACGGCGGCACAGCGCUGCUUCUGCCAGGUUAGCGGUUACCUGGAUGACUGUACCUGUGAUGUUGAGACCAUCGAUAAAUUUAAUAACUACAGACUUUUCCCAAGACUACAAAAGCUUCUUGAAAGUGACUACUUUAGAUAUUAUAAGGUAAACUUGAGGAAGCCAUGUCCUUUCUGGAAUGACAUCAACCAGUGUGGAAGAAGAGACUGUGCUGUCAAACCCUGUCACUCUGAUGAAGUUCCUGAUGGAAUUAAGUCUGCCAGCUAUAAGUAUUCUGAGGAAGCCAACCUCAUUGAAGAAUGUGAGCAAGCUGAGCGACUGGGCGCAGUGGAUGAAUCUCUGAGUGAGGAGACCCAGAAGGCCGUACUUCAGUGGACCAAGCACGAUGAUUCUUCAGACAGCUUCUGUGAAGUUGACGAUAUACAGUCCCCCGAUGCUGAGUAUGUGGAUCUCCUCCUUAACCCUGAGCGCUACACAGGCUACAAGGGGCCCGACGCGUGGAGGAUAUGGAGUGUCAUCUACGAAGAAAACUGUUUUAAGCCACAGACAAUUCAAAGGCCUUUGGCUUCUGGGCGAGGAGGAAAAAGUAAAGAGAAUACAUUUUACAGCUGGCUAGAAGGCCUCUGUGUAGAAAAGAGAGCAUUCUACAGGCUUAUAUCUGGCCUUCAUGCAAGUAUUAAUGUGCAUUUGAGUGCAAGAUAUCUUUUACAAGAUACUUGGCUGGAGAAGAAGUGGGGUCACAACGUCACAGAGUUUCAGCAGCGCUUCGAUGGGAUUUUGACUGAAGGAGAAGGACCAAGAAGGCUGAAGAACUUGUACUUUCUGUACUUGAUAGAGUUAAGGGCACUCUCUAAAGUGCUUCCAUUUUUUGAGCGUCCAGAUUUUCAGCUCUUCACUGGAAAUAAAGUUCAGGAUGCAGAAAACAAAGUGCUACUUCUGGAGAUACUUCAUGAAAUCAAGUCAUUCCCUUUGCAUUUUGAUGAGAAUUCUUUUUUUGCUGGGGAUAAAAAUGAAGCACAUAAACUAAAGGAGGACUUCCGACUACACUUUAGAAACAUCUCGAGAAUCAUGGACUGUGUUGGCUGCUUCAAGUGCCGCCUGUGGGGCAAACUUCAGACUCAGGGUCUGGGCACUGCUCUCAAGAUCUUGUUUUCCGAAAAACUGAUAGCAAAUAUGCCGGAAAGUGGACCAAGUUAUGAAUUCCAGCUAACCAGACAAGAAAUAGUAUCAUUGUUUAAUGCAUUUGGAAGGAUUUCUACAAGCGUGAGAGAGUUAGAGAACUUCAGGCACUUGUUACAGAAUGUUCACUGAGGAGGACGGUUGGAACAUGCCUGUUUCUGCACAGGGGAGUCCGAAGGGUGGAAUCUCUCUGAGUACCAUGGUUGCAAUGACCGUCCCGAGCCAAACGUUUAUAUAAAGCUGCUUUUGUAAAAGGAGAGAUACAUUGUUUUAAGUAAAUGACAUUUUUAAAAAUUGUUCAUGUUUAAUAUUAUUGUGAAUAAAAGUAAUAUUUUGGUAAUGUACAAAUUUUAAUACUAAGCAAAAGUAAGGUCAUUGAAUUCCCGUAUGAUAAAGCUAGGUAAAUACUGCCUUAGGCUCUCAAACUAGAAUUGUAUUUAAGAAGGUGUAAUAGAAACAAAGCUUAGGUCCUGUGGCAGUGAGGAGGCUCAGCGGUAAGCCGUGGUCAUCAGCCCAGACACCAACGCUUUUUCAUUUGCCUUGUUUGCAAAGAAGAUAUAGACUGCCCAGUUAGAUUUAAAUCUUAGAUAAGCAACUAGUUUUCCUUUAAAUGUUAAGUAUGUUGUAUUUUAUUAGAGCCUAUUUAUACUACAAAUUAUUUGCUUGAAGUUCAAGUUGAACUGGGAGGCCUGUGUUUUCCUGGCAACCUUAAAAUACACUGGUAUGAAACAUUCCUUUUAGAGUUAAAUAGCUAUUUUGAUUGUGCUGUUUUGGUAUGUAGGGAAGUAGAACAAUUCAGAGGCACAGGAGAUUUCUAAACAUUGUAGAAAGAUGAAUAGAUUAUAUAUUUAUUCUCAUAAUAGUUCCCCUAAUAGAAUUUUGGGGGAAAUUUUAUUUUUAUAUAAUUUCUUAUUUACAUAAAGUUUCAAAAACAGUUCAAAAAACAAAAACAAAAAAACCAUCCAAACCUGUUUUACACAGAUUCAUGGAUUGUUCACAGGUGUUUCACUCAUCCCACCUCGCAGUGGCGACUGAGCCCAGGGCCUUGUCAUGCUGAGCCAGCCCUGCGUUCAUGAGCUGUGUUCACAGGCCUUGUUUAAGCUCCCACAUAGACCUAUAUAACCUGCUUUUAUUUAAGGGUUUGAAAAUCAGUCAUGGGCAUCAUGAUUUAACCCAAAAUACUUCAGUGUGAUGGUCAGCAAUUUCCUAAACACCAUUUUUUGUUUUUUGUUUUUUUUUUUUUAAAGAAAAAUCCAAACCUUCCAAAUCUGAGCUGAACUACUAUAAGCCUUAAAAUAAGGAAACAUCCCACAUCCCAGUCAUCUGAAAUUUGAAUUUGGUUGCCUUCUUUGACCUGUGUAAUCACAGGGUAUACAAAUCAUGUUUUUUAUGCAUGAAACUCAUUUUCUUUUCCUCCAUAGAAUGGAACUAUAACUUAGACAGGCUUUUAUUAGUGGAUGCUCUUCACGGAGAGCAAUAUUUGAAGUGGCCUAAGCAUUUACAUCCCAUGGCAAUUAUAAAUGGUAUGUACCUCAAAAUUAUGCCCCCUUGAUGUCACACAUAAUGUCUUGAGCAGUUAGGACAGGUUGAGAUAUCACAUACAAAAAAGCAAGACUUACAUAUAUAAUAGUUAGGAAUGUCACUUUACACUGCUGUGUAUUUUCUCUGUCCCUAAGACUUGGUCUAGUGCCAGGCAUACAGUUAGUGUCUAAUAUUUGUUGAUGGAAAGCGUAUGUAUUUAGUAUACUUUAAGUGAAUGGUGAUGUAUCUCAUUUAACAAUGUAUUCUAUUUCCCCUUUCCUCUCGCUUUUUCUUUUGGAUCUCAAACGAAAGACCAGUUAGGUCAGUUUUCUUGGGGAAACUUAAGAGAACUAAAUGAUCACCACAUACAAGCAAGCCCUUUUGAAACCCUCACUGCUUUCACUUGCUGUCUCCCACUUGAUUGGCCAUGUCCUCUGUCCCUCCAAGUGACAGCCAAAGUCCCAACUCUGCAGUUAAUAAGUAGUUUACUUUUUAAGAAAUCUUAACUUUUCCUGUACUUGACACAUUUGACGAUCCCUUCCCUAAAGUCCAUAUUCCUUUGUGUCCUUGUGUUUGGCUUGCUCCUGGGUAUCUUUCUUCUGGUCUCUUCAUUUAACCUAAAUAUCAUUCCUCAGACUUUUCACUCUGAGUCACUGGACUGUGCUUUUGAGUAAUUUCCGUGCAGUGAUCUCAUUUUAGCUUUUUAGUCUAUCUGCUUGCUGUGCUCACUUGGCUACCUGUUGUCACUUCUGCAUCUUCAAAGACUCAAUCACCACAAACCUACUCUAUGUUUGUGUUCCAUACUUGGUGAAUUUCAGAACCAUUGCAUUGUUCAAGGUUUUACAGUUCUCUCCUGUGUCUUCUACCUAUUGAUUAGGUUCUGCCGAUUUUACUCCAACAUUUCUGUCACUGUCUUUCAGUUUUUACUGUGCAUAGUUACCCAGAGGAUUACUUAAGUCUGUUUUCCCAUCUCUGUUGGCUCACAUUGUCAAACUGGGCUUUCUAGAAGCAUUCAGUCUAAUUUCUGCUGACAAGCUUAUGAGCUUUUUGGUGAGAGUCUCUCCUUGCUAUCCAAGACCCUCGUCUUAUGUUUGCCACUCUGUUCUGAUAAGAGUGUUAAAAAGGUUUUCAAAAGUCCAGAGUUGGUAGCCCUCCAAACCUCUGUAGACACUGCAUUUGUAUCGAGAGCCCUAGGUUUCUUUCUCAUCUGGGAAAUAUGUGCAUUCUUGAAAUUCUGUGAAAUUACCUGUCCCCUUUCUAUGGUCACCACUGUAAUUGCAACCUACCUCUAUUGAAUCACUUAUUGUACUGUAUAUUUUAUUUUUUAAAGUGUCCUUUACUAGAAUGUGAGCUCCUUAGGGGCAGGAAAAGAAACUAUUCAUUUUGGCAUCUCUAUAGCAUAAUGUUUGACAUAUGAUCAUUUAAUAAAUGUUUGUUGAAUAAAUUGCUUCACAUGA